AUGGAUUUUCCCUCCGCUUCAAACAAGAACUACGUAUUAAUAAAAGACGCUGUCCAUGAAGAAAUCAAGGUCUUCUCCCUUUGUUUUUGGGCAAAAUUUUUGCAAGAACAUGCUGGCGUAUUUGUCUACUCAAGUCCAACCCAUGAUGCUGAAAUUGGGGUUUUUCUAUAUAGUGACUUUGUUUUGGACCUCAUUAUCAAGGAAUCGGGGAAAAACGGGCCUGCGAUUUCCCACCACAAAUCGUGGCAUUUUUAUUGCCUACAGUGGAGAAGCAGUGAUGGUUUAAUCCUGAUUUAUCAAGACGGAAAAAACCUUGGGACGAGAAUCGAAUCAAAAGGUUACACAAUACCUUUCAAAGGCAUCGUGGUUCUCGGCCAGGAAUUGGAUUCUUAUGGCGGAGGUUUUCAGACCGCACAGGCAUUUAAAGGAAGCCUCGCAGGGUUAAAUCUCUGGAGCCAAUUUUUGACAGCAAAUAUUAUACAAGGAAUGGCAUCCGGGGUCCUAAAUGUUAACGGAAAUCUUCUCCAAUGGAGAAAUUUCAGAAAUCAUACAUUUGGUAACGUAACUGCACGACAUGGAUCCGAAGCAGAGAUUCCAGAAUAUCGAGUACAGAGUCUUCGAGAUAAGUGGUGUGCGGAAAACAUCACUGAAGUUUUAACUUAUGCAAGAUUUGUUCUCGGUGCGGACACAGAUGGCUACAGGUGGCGGUGUGUUGCACCUGCGGCCAUGUUGGAUGAAAAUAUGUGUUACAAUAUCACUAAGAGUUCAUCUUUGUACUAUCCCAUGGACACGAACGAAGACAUUUUCGGAAAUAAUUGAAAAAUAUUUCCUUGACAUAAAUAACUUUGAUAUACGUAUAAAUUGGUUCCAAUAUAACAGGGAGCAGCGUGACAGCAUCUUCAAACAUGCAACUUCACGUCAAAUCAGGUAUAACGACUUAUAUAGGAGAGGUAGUAACUGCAUACUAACUCUCCUGACGAAAGCCCUAAGGUUGAAACGUCGAGAAGUGUUUUGCUUAUUUUAGGCAGUCGUUAUACUACAUUUGAUGCUACUUAUAAAUAGGUAAAAUAGAUGCCAUGUACUUAAAGUUAUGUUUUUGUCCCGGUAAUAAUUUUGAAGUGCUUUACAUGCAAUUACCAAAAAUUUUGGGUUAGAGCUAGGGUCAUCUGAUUGAAUAUUUAACAGUGUGAAUUACUAUAAAGAAGCACAACGAAAUUUUGCACAACGCACCUUUUGCACUGUGGUUUUUGCAUCGACGCACUAAGAUGAUCAUUUCCACUAGGGUUAACAUCCACACAAGGUCCUUCGUAUAU